AUCGUCAAACUCUUGACACGUAUCGGCUACGUCUCUCGUAUUUGAAAGCAUUUAUCGAAUUCAUCGGCAGCAGUUCGAAGUCGAACACUUUCGCCCCUGUAGUGCCACAUUUCAGCCGCGUAAGGUGGUCCAGUGAAGAAACUAUAUGUUGGCAUAGAUUGUGGAUUUCGCGUAAAAUUUAGUUAUUCUCCUAUUACAAUGGCCGAUCAAACGACCUCUGGAUUCACCAAAGAGGAGGAAUUGUUGCUGCAGGAUUUCAGCCGGAACGUGAGCACCAAGUCGAACGCAUUAUUCUACGGAAAUGCUUUCAUUAUUUCCACUGUUCCUAUUUGGCUCUUCUGGAGGGUGCAUCAAAUGGAACUGUUGCCCUCGUUGGUGUUCUUCGCGGUUGUAACCGGAUUAUGUACCUACCUGAUGGCGAUGGCAUACAAGAAUACCAAAUUCACGCUAAAGCACAAAAUCGCCAACAAACGGGAGGAUGCCGUUACGCGUGAAAUGACCGCUCUCUUGGCUGACGAUAAGAAAAUUAGCCGAAAGGAGAAAGAUGAGCGCAUUCUGUGGAAGAAAAACGAUGUCGCCGAGUACGAGGCUACCACAUUUUCGAUCUUCUACAAUAACGCUCUUUUCCUGGCGAUCGUAAUCUUCGCCAGUUUCUAUCUGUUGCGUUCGUUCACACCUACCUUCAACUACAUUCUCUCCAUGGCCGGUGCUGGCGGUUUGAUGGCCUUGCUGUCCACUGGAAAGUCGCCCUAAACUUCAAGGUUCGGGAAUGCUCUGAUGAUCUUAUCGGAUCGGGGCAAUCAGUUUUUGAUGUUUUGUUUUCCAGUAGAUUUUGAAUCAAACUAAGACUUACGCAUUUAAGUUAGUAAGGCAGUGUUUUUUUUUCUUCAGUUCUCAUCGAGUAUAAUUUAAAUAUCACUCAAAUUAUUCAUAUAAGACGUAUCGAUCGGAAGGUUUUUACUUCCUCUACAAGAAUAUGUAAGAAAAUACGAAAACUGUCGUUUCAAGGCUGGAUCAUUCAGAAGAUUUGUGUUCUGCAAUAAAACAAAUUCGCUUGAAAA